GUGUUGUCUCGCACUCGAGUUAUAUAUAUGACAACUUAGCAGUAUGUUGGUGACACGUUCCUCCGAAGAUAAACAAAUUGUCAUUCACGUAAAGGAUCCAUUGAAACAGUUUUCUUUUUUUAUACAAAUUCAGACGUAGAUUUCUGUGACAGAAAAAUCAAGACCGUUUUUAAAGAUUGUGUAAAUCUCAUUACUCAAAUUAUUGUUGCACGAAUCUAUACAUAGUUAUACACAUCGAAUGUUAAAAGUUUAGUUGAGCAACAAACGACACGUGCAAGAUAUUUAUACAAACUUUAUAUUUCAUUCGUUUAACGUUGAAUUAAUAUUGAAAUCACAAAAAUGGAGAUACAUUAGUUAGUAUGUAUGUACUAAUAUCAAGAGUCUAUAGAAUAAGAUUUGGAUUUAAAUACUGGAAGAUGUUUUUUAUUAUACGAACGUAUCAGUAAAUAGUUCAAAUUUUUAAUGUGAUAAGUGAUCACAUUUUAUCAAUAAAUAUAACUUACUGUACCAUAAAAAUAUAAUACAAAAGUAAGAUAUGGCAGGGAAUGGACCUAUAAUAAUACCAAAUAUAAGACAGUUACAUGAGAAUGAUCAUGCAUCUACUUCCAACGUAGAUUACUCUAGCAUCAGAGGAAAGAAUGUUUUAGUAAGUCCAUCAGAGGACCAAUAUGAAUUGUUACUUAGACGCUUAAGAGAAAGAAUUCAAGAUGGUGGUAGUGAAACAAUUUUUGAUAUUGGUAUUGGUGAAGAUGGUUCAGAAGAUGGUUUAAAAGAAGAUGAAUAUGAAGCAUCUGUUGCUACUUUACAAUCUCUUGCUGCAACAUUAGAAGCAGACUGUGUACUUUUACGUCAAAGUAAAGUAGAUCAAGGUCUUAUAGGUCAAUAUCUAGUACGAAGGCGUUUAGAUAGACAGGAUUUUUUGGAAAUCAGAGUGGCUGUUGUUGGCAAUGUUGAUGCUGGAAAAUCAACACUUUUAGGUGUAUUAACACAUGGAGAACUUGAUAAUGGUCGAGGCUUAGCACGUCAAAAGUUAUUUCGACAUAAACAUGAAGCUGAAACAGGACGUACUAGUUCAGUUGGAAAUGAUAUUCUUGGAUUUGAUAGCGUUGGUAAUGUAGUGAAUAAGCCAGAGCAUGGAUCUCUGGAUUGGGUUAAAAUAUGUGAAAAAUCUUCUAAAGUUAUUACAUUCAUUGAUCUUGCUGGACAUGAAAGAUAUUUGAAAACAACUGUUUUUGGAAUGACAGGACAUGCGCCUGAUUUUGGUAUGUUAAUGGUUGGAGCAAAUGCUGGUAUUGUUGGAAUGACAAAGGAACAUCUGGGUUUGGCUUUAGCUUUAUCAGUUCCAGUAUUUGUUGUAGUUACAAAAAUUGAUAUGUGUCCACCAAAUAUAUUGCAAGAAAACUUAAGACUAUUAAUAAGAAUCUUAAAGUCUCCAGGUUGUAGAAAAGUACCUGUUACAGUAAAAACAGCUGAUGAUGUUGUUGUUAGUGCUACUAAUUUUGUAUCAGAACGAUUAUGUCCUAUUUUUCAAGUCUCGAACGUAACAGGAGAAAAUUUAAACCUUCUUAAAAUGUUUUUAAAUUUAUUAACUGCAAGAAUGAUUAGUCACGAAGAUGAACCAGCAGAAUUUCAAAUAGACGAUACAUACUCAGUACCAGGAGUUGGUACUGUAGUUUCUGGCACAACAUUGAAAGGUGUUAUAAAAUUAAACGAUAUUCUAUUAUUAGGACCCGAUCCUUUAGGUCGUUUUAUUCCGAUUGCAGUAAAAAGUAUACAUAGGAAGAGAAUGCCUGUUCGUGAAGUAAGAGGUGGUCAAACUGCUAGUUUUGCAUUGAAAAAAAUUAAAAGAUCACAAAUUAGAAAAGGUAUGGUGAUGGUCGCACAAGCAUUAAAUCCACAAGCUUGUUGGGAAUUUGAGGGAGAAAUUCUUGUACUGCAUCAUCCUACAACAAUAAGUUCUUGUUACCAAGCAAUGGUGCAUUGUGGAAGUAUAAGACAAACAGCAUCUAUAAUAUCUAUGUCGCAAGAUUGUUUAAGAACAGGAGACAAAGCUUUAGUACGCUUUAGAUUUAUAAAGCAUCCUGAAUAUAUGAAACCAGGACAAAGAAUAGUAUUUAGAGAAGGUCGUACUAAAGCAGUGGGAAAUGUAGUGACACUUAUUCCACAUUCUAGUACUACGGUGAUACAAACGUCUAGAGCUAAUAAAUCAAAUAAAAUAUCUCAAAAUCGGCAAAGCUCAUCAUCUGCAAUCCAAUCAUUAGAUGCGACUGAAACAAAUUCUUCAUUUGAAGGACAGACAUCGAAGCAAGAAAAUUUGUUACAAAAAACUAACAAACGUCAAAAUAAAAAAAAUAGAGGACGGAAAGGAGGACGAUCUCACAAUACUGUAAAUAGUAUUAUUCAACCGCUGUCAGAACAAAAUCCUCCCACAAAACUAUGAAUUGUUUUAUGUACAAAACUCUUAAACAUGUAUAUACGUAUACACAUUCUCUAUAUAUAGCUUAUUUUAUAA